GCCAUCUCUGGCUCCACUGUACAGUAAGCAGUAUAAGAUUGCUGAAUGACAAAUGAACACCACCACCAAUGAAUAUUAAAACUGCUAAUUACAAUUUGUAGAGUUUGGUUUCAGGGAGUCAUGUGACCAGCGUCCCCGUUUUCGUGCACGUGUUAGGUCUGGUUUCAGUGGUCUCCAGGGUGAUGCAUCUGAGGUCAUCGGUGAUUUAUGGAUGGGUGACUGGUGAUACCUGAGAGGAAACGUGCCAUUGUUUGACAUGUAAUGAAUCCAGUGGAGAGACAUGAAAAGGAGACUGACGCUUGGACAACAGACCAGUCUACACCAGCCGCUGAGGAGGAGCUGCCGCUGAGAAGUCACAGUCUGAGUUUGCAGUUCAUCAACCAGAAAUCUUUGGAAAUGUCUUCACAACUGGAAGAAGCCAUGGAGACACUUAUCUCUGUAUUCCACACAUACUCAGCUCGGGAAGGUGACAAGCACAAGUUGAGUCGAAGAGAGUUGAAGGAUCUUCUACAGAAUGAACUCGGGGAUUAUCUGGAGACCCAGAAAGAUGCUGGCGCAGUGGACAAGAUCAUGAAAGAAUUAGAUGAGAACGGAGAUGGAGAAGUCGACUUCCAAGAGUUCGUCAUCUUGGUGGCAUCUUUGACUGUAGCAUGUAAUACCUUCUUCUGUGAGAGCAGCUGAGCUCCCUGGAGUCCACCAGAUAUAGUGUUGUCAGUCUCACCUACAAACUCUUGUCAGUGAUUAAACUUGAGGAUUAAGUUCCA